UAAAAAUGUGACUUAUUUUUAUUCAUUCUUUUGUACUGUUCGAUCGUUCUCCACUAUGAUACGGUUUCAACGAAGAAACGUUUUAUUUAUGUUCAAGUGAGAGUUUUCUAAAUCAAGAUGAGAAGACAAUGGUACAGCCCGAAUGUGAAUGUGGCAAAUCGUCAUAGAGGAAAGCACAUCGGGCGAAGAGGAAGAGGAAGGGCGAAGGAACGAGUCGCCUCCGCGUUGCAUGGAUCCCGAUUCGACACCCUUAAAUCCUCGUCUAUUGUCUCCCUGGCGAGAGGUCAGGAAACGCUCUCUACCGACUCCGCAAUGUAUUUCCGGGAUAACCGCAUCACAGAUGAGACGAAUGAGCGAUCGUGGCGGAGAAGGAUCAGGACCAGCUCCUCAGCUAGAUGGCCGAAGAAAUUCGGUCGUUACGAUGGAAAGAGUGUCAUCGACGUUGUUUGGCAGUAAUCGUCAGUUGGACGUUAUGGACAACAUCGCAGACCUAAAAGCGAGGAAGGUGCGCUUAAGGAUGUACAGGACGUCGACGGAGCAAGUGUACGAAAUGCAGCCGCUGGAGGGUAACAGUUCUGUUCAACGUUACACUGAACAGCCGAAACAACGAUUCUUUGAAAUGCCUACUCUGUCGGUUUCGCCGACGUCUUCUCUCCGAAAGCGCGUCUCGGAACUGCCAAGAGCCGCGAGAACACCCGUUUUCGGUGCUGCGGGCAUGGUCUGCUCUAAUAGGGAUCUGAUAUCGAUCCUAAGCUCGGUAGGGUCUUCCGCGACGGAAAUGUCGAAGAAGCCGGAAGAUUUAGCAACGGCCAGUUCAAGUCUUAGGUUCGAUGAAUUGAAGGUAGUGAAGGCGAUGAAGAAAAUGUUCGGUAAAAAGUCCCCUAAUAGCGAGGUCGUAUGGGACAACACUAGUGGAACCAAAGUGGACGCUCAGGUAUUUGGUAGCGCAAUUGAGAAGAUAUUAACGGCGCAGAAGGGAAACGAUACGGAGAUACCGAGGGCUUCCGGGUCGAGCGGAAAGCCCUCGGUAUCUUCGAACAAACCAAUGUCAGGUGAAGUGACAAAUUUGUUUUGGAAUAGCAAGAACCAAAAGCAGACGGAAUUCAGCGAACCGUCUCUCUGUGCUUCCCUAAAGGACCUAUUCAAGAAGUAAUGGGGAAGAACAAAUACUAAUAAAUGUUAAGUGUCUCUAGUUUAAUUAACACUUCUUUAUCUAAGAAUUUCUUCCCUAAAAGACCUAUUCAUUAUGUAAUGUAGAAGCACAAAUACUAAUAAAUGCUAAGUUUCUCUCGUUUAA